UUGUGCAGUAGUAUCCGCGGCGCGCAUUCGAGCGCAGGUCUGAUCUGCUGUGUAUCGCGAGCACUGAUACUACUACUUAACGGACACAAAGCCAGGAAUAAAAGCACGAUAAAAUGUGGAAAGCCGUGGUGGGACAUGAUGUUAGUGUGAAGGUCGAAUCAGAGGGGGACGAUUGGGACACAGAUCCAAAUUUUGAGAACGAUGUUUCAGAGCAGGAGCAAAGAUGGGGUUCCAGAACCAUAGAAGGAUCAGGCCGAAAAGAACACAUCAGCAUUGCAGAUCUCAGGCAGAAUGUGUCUCGGGAACAUGAGGUGGUUAAGAAGAAAGAGAUGGACCAGGGCCCUAAAGCCUCUUACGGCUACGGAGGGAAAUUUGGAGUUGAGAAAGACAGAAUGGACAAGGGUGCUUUAGGACACAACUACGUGGCAGAUGUAGAACAGCACUCAUCCCAGAAAGAUGGAGCAAAGGGUUUUGGGGGGAAAUAUGGUGUUCAGAAGGACCGUGUGGACAAGUCUGCCAUGAGCUAUGAGUAUAAGGGUGAGGUUCAGCAGCAUGCAUCUCAGAAAGAUUACGCUAAAGGCUUUGGUGGCAAGUAUGGUGUACAGAAAGAGAGAGUUGACAAGGCCGCUUUGGGUUACGACUACAAAAGCGAGACUGAGAAACAUCAGUCACAGAAGGACUACUCAAAGGGCUUUGGAGGAAAAUACGGCGUGGAAAAUGAAAAGGUUGACAAGGCUGCUUUGGGUUACGACUAUAAAGGAGAAACGGAGAAACAUCAGUCUCAGAAAGACUACUCAAAAGGCUUUGGGGGAAAAUACGGCGUGGAAAAAGAAAAGGUUGACAAGGCUGCUUUGGGUUACGACUACAAAGGAGAAACAGAGAAACAUCAGUCACAGAAAGACUAUGCAAAGGGUUUUGGAGGACGUUAUGGAGUCGAAGCAGAUCGCAUGGACAAGAGUGCAGCUUCCUUCAGCGAGAUGGAGUCACCAUCAUCAGCCUAUGAAAAGCCUCAAGCUUUCGAGGCCUCAACUGUUGGAGCUGGAAACCUUAAGGCUCGGUUUGAGAACAUGGCAAAGUCCUCUGAUGAAGAGAACAAGAAGAGAGCCGAGGAGGAGAGAGCCAGAAGACUCGCUAGAGAAAAGAGAGAACGUGAAGAGGCACAACGCAAACAGGAGGAGAAGAGCGAGCAUAAAGAGGAGGAAGAGAAUCAGAGACCUCCAUCUGUGCCGGCACCCCGGAAUCCCCCAGAGCCGUUGUUCAGAAGACUGCCUGAAAUUCCCAGAGCUGAACCAGAGGCAGAAGCUCAGGUGGAGCCGGACUAUGAGGAGCCGCCUUCUCUUCCGCCCCGCUCAGAUGACCUGAUUGAAGAGGAGGAGGAGGAGCCAACGUAUUCUGAAUGUGAUCCUGACCCCAUCCCCAUACCUCAAGACCAAGAUUAUGAGGAUAUUAGCUCAUGCGCAGUUGCUGUUGAUAACGAUUAUGAAGAUCUAAGUGGAGGGGGAAAUACAGCCAAAGCCAUUUAUGAUUACCAAGGAGAGGCCAGUGAUGAGAUCUCCUUCAUGCCAGAUGACAUCAUCACUAACAUUGAGAUGGUGGAUGAGGGUUGGUGGAAAGGAACGUGUCAUGGUCGCACAGGCUUGUUUCCUUCCACCUUUGUGGAGCUUUUGUAGUUACUAAUAAUCAAUGAUCAAAUCAAAUGUGUGUUUAUUUGCCACUUGCCGACAAUUCUCUUUUAUUUCAUUUUUCUGACAUACAAGUGCAAUAUACUAACGUGUUUUAAUUAGCCUGUUUCUAUUAACUGGACAACAUUUUCCUUUCAAGUCACAUGGUUAGUUACCAGAUUACGUGGACAUGAACUGUUUUCUACAAAGAUAAGUUAGAUUGGGUAUAUAUAUAUAUAUGAUUAUUUGCACUACCGUUCAAACGUUUGAGGUCGGUUUUGUAAAGUCUAUUAUGUUCACCAUGGCUGCAUUUAUUUGAUCAAAUAUACAGUAAAAUAAAGUUAAAUUAUGAAAUAUGACAGUUCUUUUUAAAAUAUAAUUUAUUUCUGUGAUGAAUUUUCAGCUUCAUUUGAAUCCAGUCUUCAAUCAUUCUAAUAUUAGUAAGUUGCUCUUGCUCAAGAAAAAAUUUAUUAUAAUCAAUGCUGAAAACGGUUGUCCGGUUUCUUAAAUACUUGUUUAAUGAAAGUAUACAGCAUUUAUUUUAAAUAUUUUUACUGUCACUUUUGAUCAAUUGAAUGCAUUAGUGCUGAUUUAGAGUAUUAAUUUCUUUAUAAGAUGUAUUUUGAAUGGUAGUGUAUAUAUUAUGACACAUGAAAUAAAUAUAACUAGUCAUAUUUUCCAAUGACAUUUUUCCCAAGGUCCGAACUUUAAAACAAAAAGUAUGGUAGCAAUAAUAUUUUAAGUUGUUGGCUUUUAAUUUCUAACUUUAUUGCAAUUAUAAAGACUUUUGCCUGGUACAAAAAUGUACCGUUGUGCUUUAUAGAGAUACAUCAUAUUAUAUUUCCAAGAUUUAUAUGCCAAGAAACUGGCUUUUGCUCUUUUCUUUGACUCAAUAUUAUGUGUUGACCACAAAAUAAAAGACAAAAUUUCCCAUGA